AUGAGUAAAGAAAUAACAAAUCUAGUGAUUGAUACUCAUGAACUAAUUCUUGUUUACAAUACUAAUUUAAAGAAUUGUAUUAAGAAAUUACUUGAACUUGCAGUUCCUUCACCAAGUAAUCUUUUUGAUGAAAUAAAGGAAUUGACAGAAGUUAAUGUGGAAGAAAUGAUAAAAUCAACUAAUGUACGUGAGUUAUGUGAUUUACUGAUUUAUUUACUUGUUCGUUCAUCACCAAUUUUUCCUGAGAUAUAUAAUAAUAAUGCUAUUUUGAUUAUGAAAAAUAAUUUAUUAAUCCAAAAACAUCAGUUACGGGCAUUAUUAUAUUUCAUUCCAAUUGAACAAAAAGGGAAAUAUUAUAUUCAUUGUUUGAAUUCCUUCAUUUAA